GUAAGUUGUUCUCCAAAGAAGAAACAAAACCCUCUCCUCAUUGGGCUCCUGGUUACAGAGCUCCAGGCCCCUCACACAGACAUACCUGUGCAAAAAGCAGAGUGGAAGAAAGACAGGGUACAGAGGCUGAGGUCCCUGAUGAUUCAGGCCCCUGCCUACCUCAGCAAGGCUAAAAUGAACCAAAGAAUCGCUUUUUGGCAACUGCUGCUAGUACUGCAACUGACACUGCUCCCAGCGGUCACUCAGGGAAAGGAAAUAGUGAUGGGCCAAGUGGAAGGUUCAGUGGAACUGCCCUGCACAGCUUCCCAGAAGAAGACCAUGUUGUUUACCUGGAAAUAUUCUAACCAGACCAAGAUUCUGGGAAAUCAGAACAACUUCUUGACCAAAGGUUUCUCCCUUCUGAAUGAUCGAACUGACUCAAAAAAAUCCCAGUGGGAUCAAGGAUCCUUUCCCCUUAUCAUCUCUAAACUUAGGAUGGAAGAUUCAACGACCUACAUCUGUGAAGUGGAAAAUAAGAAGACAGAGGUUGAAUUGCAGGUGUUCAGACUAACUGCCAACCCAGGUACCUGCCUGCUGCAGGGGCAAAGCCUGAACCUGACCUUGGAAUUCCCCCCUGGUAGUAAACCCUCAGUGAAAUUCAAGAACCCAGGGAACAAAAUUAGCACUGGGGGCAAGGCUCUUUCAGUGCCCAAUGUGGGAUUCCAGGACAGUGGCACCUGGACAUGCAUCAUCUCCCAGGACCAGAAGAUGCUGGAGAUCAAAAUAAAUAUCUUGGUUUUGGGUUUCCAGAAGACCCUCAACACAGUCUAUAAGAAAGUGGGGGAGCAGGUGGAGUUCUCUUUUCCACUGAAUGUUGGAGAUGAGAACCUGAACGGCGAGCUGAGGUGGCAGGCAGAGAGGUCUUCUUCCUCCAAGACCUGGGUCACCUUCUCUUUGAAGAAUAAGCAGGUGUCUGUGCAAACGGUUACCCAGGACCCAGUGCUCCAGAUGGCUGAGAACCUUCCACUGCGCCUCAUCCUGCCCCAGGUCUUGCCUCAGUAUGCUGGCUCUGGAAACCUGACUCUGACUCUUGAUCAAGGAAAGCUGCAUCAGAAAGUGAACCUGGUGGUGAUGAAUGUGACUUUUCACCAGAAUGACUUGAUCUGUGAGGUGCUGGGACCCAUCCCUCCCAAGCUGAUGCUGCGUUUGAAGCCAGAGAAUCAGGAGGCUAAGGUCUCAAAGCCGGAGAAGAAGAUUCGGGUACCAAACCCCAAGGCAGGGGUGUGGCAGUGCCUACUGAAUGAUGGGGACAAGGUCUUACUGGAUUUCCAGGUUGAUGUUUCACCCACAGGGUUGAACCCACAUCAGUCAAUGUUCCUGGCUGCUGUGAUUGGGAGCACCUUAAGCUUCAUGCUCCUCACUGGGCUCUGCAUCUUCUGCUGUGUCAAGUGCCGACACCGAAGGCUUUCCCCACUCCCCCCUCCAAGGGGUACCUACCUUCUGGAGGCCUGGGACCCUCAUGACUCUCCUCCUUGUUCCUGGACAGCGCCAGGCAGAGCGGAUGUCUCAGAUUAAGAGGCUCCUCAGUGAGAAGAAGACCUGCCAGUGCUCCCAUAGGCUACAGAAGACUCACAGUCUCACUUGAGAUGCAAGAACCUGGGAGUUCCCACGCACAUGCUCUUCAGCUGUCUUCCCUGCAUUUCCUGUGGACUUGGGCCUGCAGACCAGAUGAAUGUAGCAGAUCCCAGCACCUCUGGCCUCCUCUUGCUCUCUUCCUCCACAUCUGUCCAUUGUUUCUCCUCUUUUGUUCCCAGGUCCAUUGACAGAGUCUUGCUCUCAACUUUACCAAGGCUUAACCACGCCAUUCUUCCCCAUUUCCUUUUCUUCCAAAUCUUAGCCUUUUUUAAUUACUUUUUCUGGAUUUUCUCCCCAGCUGUUCACUUGGAUCCCAGGGUAGUGAGAAGAACCAGCCUUACCUGGCAUGGAGGGCAGGCCUGGGUCUAGAAAUAUUCAGCACAGGACUGCUGGUCCUGGCGAGGACCCUCCAGGCACCAAAGAGGGUGGGGACUUGCCCAAUAUCACACAGCUGAUCAAGGACAGAUGCAAAUCCAAGGAUCCUGAAGCCAGUCCCCAUAGCCCCAUGUUGCUUGCUUCUCACCCUAUGUGGGCUCUACCUUGAUCCAAACAGGCCCUGGGGCACACCUAUGCACAAAAACACUAGUCCACAGUCAAUUCCUUAUACCUAAGGAGCACUUCUUAGUUUAUAAACCAUUUUCACACCCUCAGUUUGACCCUUACAAAACCCCUAUAAGACUGGUAGUGACAGAACCAAGACUAUUAUCUCCAGUUUUCCAGAAAGAAACCCAGAGAGGUGAGAAGACUCCCCAGGGCCCCAUAGCCAGCAAGUACUGGAGUCAGGACUAACCCAGGUCUCCUAAACCCUGUAUCACUGCUGCUUCUUAAUGUAGGACAAAUACCACACAGAUCUCUGCAGUGGCUAGUUAGAGGUAGCCAGUAUGCACCUUUGGAUCCACAGGAGCACACCACCCACAGGAAGGCCUGUCUCAGAGCUCAGAAACAUGAGGGGAAGGUCUUCCUGCCUAAAACCCCCUCUUUCAACACCUGCUGAUGGUGGGGUCUUGUUACUAGAAGACAAUGCCUUCAGUUUUAUUAAUCAGAACACUGGAUGGGAGUGUAGGCCCUUGGGAAAGAAUGUCCAGGGAAUUGUCACUCACUAUGUUCAGAACCAUCAGGAAGGUGAGCUGUGCUGUGGGGAGGAGGCAGGGCGUUAGUCUGGGGCAACCCUCUGAGGGGACCACCUGUGAAAGGCGAUGAUGCUGAGCCUCAGUCCUCCUCUUGUACCCUCCUUUUUUCUCCCCACAAACCAUUCAGGAGAUGGGGAAGUUGAGGUUAUAUGUAUUCUUCCUUCCCUUCAUGAUCCAUUUCUCUCAGGAUCCCCAGCCUCCUAUGCCUUUCUCCCUUUCUCACCAUCUCCCUCAGUCCCUACUCCUUAUCUCUUUUCCUUUCUCCCCCUUUUCUUUGCAGCUUGCCUCCCACAGGAAGACCACCUAAUUGCUGCCAGGCUCCCUGUAGCUUAGUUUGUUUGUGCCUACUCCCAGUCCUGAGCUGACAUAAAAUACAAUAAAAUUACUA